AUGAAGUCAAUUAUUCUGCUCAUUUCAAGCGCAAUCACUGCUGCAUAUUGCUCGAAAUUAGUGUCGAUCCCAUUUACAGCGGUAGAUCGAAAAGGCAUCAAAGCGGCGGGCUGGGGAAGGAAGAAACUAGGUGCUCUUGUGGAUGUGCCAUUAGAAAAUGUCGAUUUAGCGUACCUUAUUGAUAUCGAUAUUGGUACACCUCCACAGCUGUUUACAUUGCUCCUCGACACAGGUUCAUCCAGUACGUGGGUGCCUAUCCAGGGAUGUGGUCGUUAUUGCGGCUAUCCCAAACAUUCUUUAGCGCCUUCAAAUUCCUCGACAUUUACUACAGAUAACUUGAUAUUCAGCAUUCGAUACGGCGAAGGAUUCUCAAGAGGAUACUAUGCAAAAGACACAGUAACCAUCAACGGCGUGUCUGUGCCUCAAGUUAAUUUUGCAGUGUCUGAUUACAAUGAUGGUGAUUUGACCAUGGACGGAGCAGACGGCAUUUUUGCGCUUGGACCUGAUUCUUUGAGUAUAUACAAUAAUCCUGAAAAGAAAGUGAUUCCUACCUUUGUUACCACCAUGUUUGAAGAAGGCAUCAUUGACAACAAUGUGUUUUCGGUAUACUUUCAACCACUGGAUUAUAAUUUAAUAGAACAGAAGCGAGUGAAUGGUGAGAUUGUGUUUGGUGGUGUCAAGGAAUCACACAUUGUAGGCAAUGUGAGCUAUGUACCAACAACAAACCAAAGCGACUUUAAAGAUUACUGGGCUGUCGAUAUUGAUGCCAUUACUGUUGGAAAUGACACCACGACAUAUGACAGAAAAGUGGUUGGCAUGGUAGAUACUGGAUCUACACUAGUAUUUCUACCUCGAGAUAUCAUCAGCCUUGUCUUCAAAGGUGUCAAGGGCCUUCGCAGAGACUUUUCAGGUCAGUAUAUUGUUCCUUGUCAGGCAGAGAAUCUGCCCAACAUCACCAUUACCAUGAAUGGCAAGGACUAUAGCAUUACGCCAGAGAAUUAUGUGAUCAAAGGCGGCCUUCUCACCCUUUCGGCCGAGAACUGCUACACUUAUUUGCAAGAGAGCCCACCCUUUGUCGAUGCUAUUCUGGGCUACGGCUUCCUCCAGCAGUACGUUUCAGUGUAUGACAAUGAGAACAAGCGCAUUGGAUUUGCGGACAGAGCGUCAAUAGAGUGA